AUGGCAUCAGUUUACCUGUUGUGGACUUGCACGCUGGGACAGAUUAUGAUGCUGUUGCGCUGGUAUGGAGGAUUCUCACCACCUUUUCUUUCCUUUGCAGAUGUUUGUGAGGCUUUAAAUGUGACAGUCUCUCCAGGACCGACAGUGCGAUACUCUGAGGGAGAGAAUGCCACCCUUUACUGUCACAUUUCUCAAAAGAGAAAGAUAGACAAUUUGCUGGCUGUGCGGUGGGUCUUCGCUACAUCACCUACCCAGGAGUACCUGAUGAUCAAAAUGACAAAGUUUGGAUCUGUCCAGUAUUAUGGAAAUUAUACUCAUCAUUUCCACAAGCAAAGACUUCAUCUUCUUAAAGAGAAACAUGGAACUAUGUACAAAUUUCUUAUUCUAAGCCUCCAGCAAACAGAUCAGGGACAUUAUAUAUGCAAAGUCCAGGAAAUUGGCAAACACAGGAAUAAGUGGACAGCAUGGUCAAAUGGCACAGCAGCUACUGAAAUAAGAGUGAUUUCAUCAAAAUCUUCUGAUGAUCACACAUUCAAGAAAAAUCAUGAAGCUUGGAAGUUUUUUGAAGAUCUGUAUGUGUAUGCAGUGUUUGUGUGUUCGAUAGGAAUCAUCAGCGUCCUCCUUUUCACACUUGUCAUUCUCUGUCAGUCACUUCUGAACAAGAGGAGAUCCACCGUGAAGCAUUACCUGGUGAAAUGCCCUCAGAACAGCUCAGGGGAGACAGUUACCAGUGUGACAAGCAUGUCCCCUCUACAGCCCAAGAAGGUAAAGAAAAAGAAGGAGAAAGAGAAAGUGGAGCAGCCACCAGCCAUCCCAGCAAAAGCUCCAAUAGCCAAUAAUUUUCCUAAGCCCAAGCUCUUGAAACCUCAAAGAAAAUUGAUCCUGCCGAAAAUCACAGAGGAGAAUUUAACAUACGCUGAACUUGAACUUAUGAAGCCGAUUCAGGAAGCCAAAAACAUUCCCAGUACGACAGUCUAUGCGCAGAUACUCUUUGAGGAGAACAAGCUGUAAUAGUUCAUGCCUGUAUAAAUGUCCUUUGUCUGUGUUCUAUUUAAUUCUUGCUCUGCUGUUUAUUUAUAAAAAUCAUACAAAUGUC